UAGCCACACUAGGAGUGUACUCGACUCCGUCAUGGACGCCGCUGUCUUGGAGGCAGCCGAUAUUUCGUCGUUAUUCCCGGCGUCCACGGCCACCAUUAGACUUGUUCAAACGUCGCGUCGAAAUGUCCCUCUUCCCCUGCAAUCGCAUGACCCGGACGCGCCUGUCGAACAUGCAGUGUAUUCGACUGUGCUGCAGCUCUCCUCCACGGAAACGAUCCUUUUACGCGUCUUGAACGAUCAUCUGACCAUUGAACUUAUAGCCUUGACCUCCGACGUCCCCCCAAUACGAUUCGUGUUCCCCGCUCCUCUGUUAUCCUAUCCUGGCAUCUUCUCUUGGGAGGCAGAAGAGCUGCACAUUCUAGCCGUGACAAACGUUGGCUCUCUAUAUCGCAUUGUUGUGCCAGUCUACGACGAAGAAUUCCUGUGGCACGAGCAAUUCGGCGGAAACUGGUGCCGAGAGCACAACAUACACAGUGUCAGCGGUAACAUCGAAGGCCUUGUGAGGGUGCAAGGCACUCAUACCGUUGCUAUCGGCCUCCCGAAUGGAGAUUUACUACGGCUGGAAGCUGGUAACCUGGCAGGAGAGUCCGGAGGAGAUGAAUGGAUGGAGACUAUAUUCCAUCACGGCACAUUCUUAUCCUCGUUGACCUCGUUUAUACCAGCUUUAAGCGCGAGCUCCUCGACUGCUUCCCAGAUCGUGGCAAUGACAAGUUAUCCACAACCAACGGACAUUGGCCAUAUCUGGACCUUAUCCAGGGACCGUACGCUACGAGUCUGGACCGCAAUGGGAGGUUGUACUUCUGCAAGGAGACUCCCCCCCGUCCCUCAAGUAAGGUCUACUACUCCCUUACUCGAGUCUUCACCCGCUCCUGGCAAACACCAUGCGCUGCUCGAUGCGGAACCUCAAAGUCUGCUCCAAGUCUUCUCCGCCGACGAUGAGGCCGACAUCAUUUACGUCUUGGCUUUCGUUCCCACCCCUUCAUCCACGAGCUCUGGAGGGUUCUUCCACGUAUGCAGGACGCAAGAUGACCAACUACACGCCCUUCUCCCGCCUAUCGUUUGUUCGCAAACAAGCGUAUAUUGUCACCUACAGGACUUCAUGAUCGAUGGAAAUACAUUAUACACCCUUUGGGACCGGCAAGGCCGAUCCUAUGUGGAAUGGAUUGAGCUAGACGUCUCUGAGUCAUCACUUGUGGCCGACGAUGUCUAUUGGAAGGCGGCGUCGUAUGCACAAGACAUCGAGUUGACUCCGGGAUAUCUGGACGAGCUGCUCUUCUCUCGGGGAUCUCUUACCGACAAAUGUUUUGAAGCAGUCGUGAGACCAGGAAUGUUUUCUGCCCUGACCCUUAGGACCGCACUCAAACAAUAUUCCAAUGCAUGUCUCUCGCUGCCUGGACCUCCUCCGCCUCAGUUACAGACAUCAUACGCCACCCUAGGAGAGAACAUCGCGGCUGUGGUAGGGUGUACUGUGAACUUAACACGGGACGCGCAAACUGGAGGGCUUCAGUACGACAAGUACUGGACUGCUCUGAGAAGGGACUGGGAAGGCUUUAUCGCGCGUUGUAGAGAGAUAGAGCGGAGCGCUAGGUGGCCCUUGACCCUGGGCCUCGACUGUCUAGGUGGCGUCGUUGUAGUGGAGAGGGAACGGGCAGGAGCCUUGGUUCGCGAAGAUCUGACUCUGAGGUGUCAGCGAAUCCUCCCUUCAUCACUGUCUCUAGAGCCAGCAUACAGACUACUAGACGUAGCCUGGCAAUUGCGUCGGACCGUCUCGCCUGUGACCAUGAGACACCUCGAAGAUCGUUUCACAGAAAUCACCCAACAGGAAGCAGGUUUCGCCUACAUUGAUAUCCUCCGCUCCGAAAGCUUACGAGAUGAUCUUAAGCAAGACAUCGACGAAGGGCUGGACAGCUGGAUUACAGGGCGACUGCAUGGCCAAGACAAACUAAGCGACUUAUUUCACCGCUCACUUGCCAUCGUGACGCAACGUGAACUCGGUGUCAAACGAGAGGAGGAGGAAGUGGAGUUGGCAAUCUCCCUCGACCCUGGACUCAAGCAGAGUCGUUCGUCCUGGCAAAGAAUGAUUGCCGCCUCCUAUGUGGCAGAUACCGUCAAUGCCAGAUACGAGUUGUGCCUUUGCCUCCUCGUUAUGCUGCUCUUCAAGUGUGACGAAUUAUCUGAAGGAGAAUCUUCAGUGGUAGACGAAGUGCUCGCUAUCUUCAGAGGUUUAGGCAUGCUUCGUCAUAUCGUGCGACAACCUACUGGCGAAAAGGCUAUCGUAGACAGCGCAGCAGACGAGAUGAUUACUCGGAUGCGUAACAUGCAUAUGUCAGAGGCCGCAGAUGUUUCAUCGCACUCGCUGGUAGAUGUCCUUUUGGCUCAGUCUGGUGAUACUUACGAACUACCGAAGUCCGCGCAUCGGUUCUUGUCGACCAUUGGCCUACUGGAAGCCAGCUCUAUGACGGCGACGAGCGCUGGGGAUGCACAGCUCUGUGAACGACUCCGGCUUCUGGGCUAUACGCAAGUAGCUGCAGAACUAGUGGCCUGGUUGCCCAGGUCUUCUCCUCUUAUUUACGUCCGUGCCAGGCUCUGGUUGGACGUCGGUAGAUAUGACGAUGCAGCGAGGCUCUUCGAGUCUUUGGCAGGGUCAUAUGAAGGACUCCCAGAGGAGGAGGACGGCCACAUCGUCGUCGUAGCACCCCCAGGAGCCGUCAUGUCUCAAUUUCAUUUUUAUCUUCACGUUUCGAACCUUUUCAGGGCUGCACGGGCGACCUCAUAUGAGAUCAAGUUUUCGCAACUCGCCAUCUCUGUUGCGCCGCUUGGCACAGAUCUCCAAGAACUGUGGUAUGCUAUAAUCAAGGGCUACAUCGAUCUCAGCCAGUACGAAGAUGCUUAUAUUGCGAUAAUAAGCACUCCAUACGAGAAAUUAAAACGAGAUUGUGCCACCAGCUUGGUGUAUCGAAUGUGCGACGAUCAAGCCGUAGAGCAAUUGAUGUCGCUCAACUUCGCGGCCUUUGCUGACGAAGUCGAAGAAGCUCUUUCUUACAAGGCACGCAGUGAUGAUCCUAUGGCAACGCCAUGUUAUGCCUUAAUUCUUCAUACGUGGCACAUACGUCGCGGUGACUAUCGUAACGCUGCAAUGAUAAUGUACCAGCGAGGGCGGAAAUUGGCUUUGCAUCCCCACUACACGAAUGACCUUUCCCGGCAACUGGAGGCUUACCUGACAGCCAUGAAUGCGCUGUCUCUGCUGGAUACAAAGAAUGCGUGGUUUGUUAUGCCCGUGCUUUCCAGCACGGACGAUGAGCCGCGCAAACGGCGUAGGCUGACUAGGGACAUUCCUCGAGACAAGUGGGCGGUAGGCAAGAGCGAUGCGGAGAUUGUGGAGCUGUCAGAUAUACGAUAUGAAUAUGCCCUCCUCUCAGCGCGGCUAGAAUUAAUGCAGUUGAACCCCGAGGACGGCUCUGUCACUGACCACUUAAUGUCGCCUUCUCUAAUAGUCAUGAGGCUAGCACAGGCCAAUCAAUUCACCACUGCCAUGUCCACGGCCCGGAGCUUGAAAGUCGAAAUGUCCGAUCUCUUUGCAUUACUGACACGGCAAUGUUUACGUUUGUCGCGUGAUCCGGAUGUUGUGAUCCAAGAGGACACAUCCGACUGGCUGCUCACGGACAGUGUAUCCUCGUGGCCUGGGACACCCGCUGACCGAGGAUGGCGCUACGUACGCGAGUCACUGGCAAGGCAUGACAAUCGACAUACCGAUUUCAAAUAUAGUAAGGUGGUCUUUGAGACUAUCAUGGAUAUGGAGGCGGCGCCCCCGCCGUGGCUUGUAAGCACACUGGAGGAGAAUCACCAUGAAUGGCUGAUUAGGACCUGCUUGCGGUAUGAAAAAUAUGAGCUGACGCUUCGAUAUACCCUGUCACUCGUUCGAAAGAGCGAUGCCGCAUUGCCACAAAAGCCGACUGAGGCGGGGAUGACUUCUUGGCUCCCUUACAACUUGGUCGACCUAGUUCUUACCGUUUGCGCGGCUCAACGUGAUCUAUCCCCCGAGGCUCUCAAUGAGCUAACAAAGAUCAAGGAGGAGAUUGCGAAUCGUAUUCGCCAUCUUGAGAAGUUUGGUGAAAACACCCGGGUAUGAGGAAACUUGGGAUCAGUCGUAGUUCGCCGCCUUCGUCUUGGAUCAUGUGUACAGUUAGGGUGUUUCUCGUAACAGUUUGCUUUCACUAUUCUUUGGUUCUGACGGUGGGUGGGCGUCUGUGUAUGUGAAGUCGUUCCGCACGAAGUGUAAUUAUAAGCACGGGGUCCGCGAAUCACCGCGGAACUGAACGCUGUUGAACGAUGAGUACCUCGG